UCUCGCCUCACCUCUGUCACAUGUAAAGACCUUCAGGUGAAGAGCGGUAGUAGUAAUAUUAACAAUAAUAAUAAUUAUGUCAUAUCAUAACUUCUCCAAAGAAGCGCUUAUAGGCUCAGCGACGCUGGGAGUGAUUUUUAUAGCGGGAUAUUAUGUGGGCAAACGCAAGUCUAAAUUGUUCAGAAUGUCGUCGGGUAAAAGUCACGUGGGCAGAAAAAAUGAUCCAGUGAUGCAGUACCUCCUGAAUCACUCGCUGAGGGAACAUCCAGCCCUGAAAAAACUACGCCAGAAAACCAUGGAGCAUGAGUUGAGCAUGAUCAUGGUGGCUUGUGAGCAGUCGCAGUUCAUGGCAAACUUAGCCAGUUUAAUCAAGGCCAAGAAGGCCAUUGAAAUUGGUGUUUAUACGGGAUAUAAUGCGUUGAGUAUCGCGCUCACCCUGCCUGAAGACGGGAAGCUGAUCGCGUGUGACAUCAGUGAGGAAUACAUCAACAUCGGCAGACCCUUCUGGAAACUGGCCUCUGUUGAGCACAAAAUAGACGUGCGUCUGAAGCCAGCACUGCAAACUCUAGAUGAGCUUCUGGCCGCUGGUGAAGCAGAGACGUUUGAUUUUGUCUUCAUUGACGCUGACAAAGUCAACUACGACAGCUACUAUGAGAAAUCCCUGCAGCUGGUCAGGAAAGGAGGAAUAAUCGCUAUAGAUAAUGUGUUGUGGAGCGGUAAAGUGGUGAACCCACAAGAAGGCGACGUCGACUCCAUCAGCAUCGAUAAACUGAACAAGAAGCUCCAUCAAGACAUCCGAAUCCAACUGAGCAUGUUACCAGUAGGCGACGGGCUCACAUUAGCAUUUAAAAUCUAACUUUAUACUGAUAUACCACCAUAACAGACUGAAAAAAAACAU